AUGGGUAUGACAACCGAUUCGAUGAAGAAAGAGGAGACACAAAAAAUGUCUGAGAAUCAUGAUUGGUCCAAGCUUUGUCCUGAUAUUUUGAGAAAGAUCAUCGAAAGCUUGAGCUCUCUAGAUUUUUACCGAGCAAAAAUUGUUUGCUCAGAUUGGUACUCCGUUUGGAAAACAUGCGUAAAGCGGCCUCUGCGUCCAUGGCGGAUCAUAUAUAGAGCAAAGUAUUAUAUUAGUACUUCAUUGAUGUUGUUCGAUCCCGACGAAGACAAGAUUUAUAAGAAUCUUGUCGGAGUUUCUGACGAGAGCUAUCGUUUGGCUAGCUCUGGAAACUGGCUCUUGAUGGCAGAUUCUCGUCUUGAUUUCUAUAUUGUUAACCUGUUAACGGGCAAAAGGAUCAAUCUUCCACCAAUGGAGUCUAAAAUUCGUGGUGCACAAGCGAGAUUUGUGCAAAGCAAAUAUUUUUACAAGUCGAGGUACAUUUGCUUUGACAAUUGUAAUUCUAUUCGUAUAAGUGAGAAAGAAGUAUUCGAAUCCAAAAGAGCAGCUGUUCUGUGGAUAGACGAGAGGACGGGAGAUUAUUUCGUUGCUUGGAUUUUUAAUAAGCAUUAUUUGUUCACACACAAGAAAGGAGAUGAUUCGUGGUGUUGGAAUAGGAAGUGGACUAAACCUGGUUAUUUGGAUUUGGCUUAUAAGAACAACAAGCUUUAUAUCUAUAAUACCGAUAACUACAUCAAGAUUUUUGAUUUCUCUGGAGAUUACCCUAAAGAAGAUAUCGAAAAUAACCCGUAUCAUAAUCGUCCUCUUCAGUACAUUCGGGGACCAGGGGAAGUCCUUUUGAGCAAGAGAAUAGCGAUUCAGAAAUCGGGAGAGGUUUUGAUCAUCUUGAGAGUUAUAAAAGGUUAUAACUUUUUGUUUUGGAUCUUUAAAAUGAAUUUUGAGCGUAGAAAAUGGGAAAGAGUAGAUUCUAUUGGAGAUGAUGAGAUGAUUAUCUUCGGUCAUGGGCUUACAGUAAGAGCACCGGUUCAAGAUAUUGGUGAUGGAGUCAAGAGUGGUUCAAUCUGUUUCGUUGAAUAUGACCGUCAGCCAUUUUCCGGUGUCUUCGAUCUUGCCACUGGUAAAGUUACAAGGCCAAAUAAAUUUCGUUAUCAUAUGAGUUAUAGUCAUUGGUUUCUUCCAGGAUUUGCUUAG